AUGGCCAAAUUUCAAAGCUCUCUCUUUCUCUGCCUCAUGGCAGUCUCUUUAGCCUGCUUCACUCCUUCAGAAUCCGCAGCAUUUAGCCUAAAACUCAUCCCCAGAUUCUCCCCAGAAUCUCCUCUGUACCCUGGAAACCUUAGCCAAUCCGAAAGAAUCCAAAAAAUGGUCGAGAUCUCCCAUGCAAGGGCUAACUAUCUGGUUUCCCGAAAUCCCACUACUGUGGAUCCCGAAAACAUCCAUCUCCCGGUGCAUGAAGCCAGCGCCUUCUACUCUGCAGAACUUUCUGUUGGAACCCCACAAAUCUCUCAGUAUUUACUCAUUGAUGGUGGCAGUGGCCUCAUCUGGACACAGUGCCUUCCUUGCAUAAAUUGCUUUAACCAAAUACUUCCCUUGUACAACUCUACUGAUUCUGCGACGUACCAGAAGAUCCCAUGCACUGACCCUCGUUGUCGUAAGCCGCUCUGUAAAUGUGUCGAUGGAAAUUGUGUCUAUAGGCAACUGUAUGGCGGUGGAGCCGUAACCAAAGGUAUAUUGUCUACCGAAACCUUCACGUUUGCAAAUAAUAAGGAUGGUGUCCUGCCUGUCCCAAACAUGAUGUUUGGCUGCUCCAACGACAAUCUAGAUUUCACUUUUCGUGGGCGAAAAAUUUCUGGGAUUUUAGGCUUGAACACAGCCCCCGAGUCUCUAAUAACCCAACUGAAAAGCACAAUCCAAGGCCGUUUUUCAUACUGCUUGGUCUAUGGCUACCGUGAAAUGGAGGCUACAAGUAUCCUAAGGUUUGGUGAGGACACCGUUUCAAUCAGAAAUGACUAUAAAACGACACCAUUGAUGUACAGAGACUUGACAACCUAUUACUACCUGAAUUUGCUAGACAUUAGUGUUGGUGACCGCCGCAUCGGCUUCCCAGCUGGGACCUUUGAUCUUAAACCGAGCACCGGAGAUGGCGGUUGCGUCAUCGACACCGGAGCCAUGGCGACGUUCAUUGACCGCGGCCCGUACGAGAAAGUGAUGGGGGCAUUUGAUGAGCAUUUCACAUCUUUUGGCCUUGAGAGAGUGCACAAAGAGGUAGGGUUGGAGUAUUGUUACAAGAAUAAUCCAAAGUUCCGGCCAUAUUUGGCAAUGACAUUCCAUUUUGAAGGAGCCGACUUCAAGGUGGAGCCAACUUAUAUGUAUUUUCAUUAUGAGGCAAAGGGGUAUUUCUGCGUGGCGUUGAUGCCAUAUGCAGGCAAAACUUUGCUGGGGGCAUGGCAGCAACAGGACAUGCGUGUUGUUUAUGACCUCAAUUUGGGUGUUGUCCGGUUUGCUCCAGAGAAUUGUGCUAAUGACAAGUUUUGA